GAUAUCUAUAAUGGUGACCAGUGAACCUGUUGAUGACAAUCGUGAACCAGUUAAAAUUAAUGGCAUUCUAUCGUCUGCUUCUGUCAUAGGGCCUGGUGCGUUAAUUAUUCACGCAGAAGUAACAAAGGGAUCUCUUCCAGUAACAGGAAUGACUGUUACAGCCACCAUAGAUCGACCAUUCACAGACCCUGUUUCAAUACAACUACUAGAUAACGGUGCAGGAGCUGAUAUAAAUAAAAAUGACGGUGUUUAUUCUCGAUAUUUUACGCAGUACAGUAAUACUGGUAUAUAUAGCGUUAAAAUAGAAGUUAGUGCUACUGUUGGUCAAGGUAUGGUCAGAAAAACACUUCCUCGUGAAAAACAGACGGAAUCAUUAAUAAUAGAUACGGAUUCUAGCCUAACAGUUAGAACUAGAAGACAGACAUCAAAAGAACCGUUGAUGGUGUAUAUCAGUCGUUCUACUACAGCUGGUUCCUUUCUUUAUAAAAACAUGGCGCCUAGUGCUGCUUUACCGUACCCAUCAGAAAAUAUUAUUAGUGAUAUUUUGCCGCCAGCAAGAAUAACAGAUUUAACAGUACUUAAGACAUCACAUACAGAUCAAACGAUUGUGUUAUCAUGGACAGCGCCUGGUGACGAUUUUGACAUUGAUACAGCUUCCAGCUAUGAUAUAAUGAUGUCACAUGAUGUUCAAGAUAUGGUAAAUCAUCAAAACACAUGGAAAUAUAUUUCACAGAAUGAUAUCUUACAUGGAAAUCUGAAAACACCAAAAGUAGCCGGGGUGUCCGAAAUCUUUGUUUUAAAAGUUCCCUUUAUUCCUGGAGAGAAAGUUGCCUUGGUGUUUUCUGUUAGAGCGGUUGAUAAGCAGGGAAACUUGGCGGAGAAAUCUAACUUUGUUACCACGGCGUUUGGUUACCUACCAGAUUAUGUCAGCAAAGAAUACCAACCAAUCAUAGAAACUGUUACAGAGAGUCCUGAUUUACCGCCACCUAAAGAAAUAAAUGUCCUUGUUGGCAUUGUGGGAAGUCUUGCUGUUGCCCUGUUUUUAACAAUCAUUCUAUCUCUACUUCUACAAAAAUUUGGUUCCUCAAAAUCAUCAGACAUUACAAAACGUGACAAAUCUUGCGUUGUAUAAAGAAUUUAUCCGUGUUAAAAGUUAAAUCAGUGCUUUACUCUACGU